AUCCUGCUCGAGUUUCCGCCUCUCUCAGGGAGCGCUUCCGGCAGAAACGGGAAGGGGAGAGAAGAAAGAGAGGGCUAGGGAGCCGGUGGAGCAUGCGCAUUACUUCAUGCGGCACUUCUGCGCCCCCUAGAGGCGUCUGGCCCCCAGCCUUCACCUGUUCCCUUUUCAGAUCCAUGAUUGCUGUUCUUGUUGUGACAUCCACUGGUUUAAUGGGAGCCAUCUGUGGAAUCUCUGGAGACGAUCUACUGGAGCCUGGGUGGGGGGUCACCAGCGUGAACAUAAGUGAAGGCAUCUGUGUUUGUUGAGAAUCCAUGAUUGCGAGUGGUCUCGUGGUAUCCAGAAGACAGCAUUCUGUAGCCUGUUUCCUUUGCUCCUGCUCUUAUGGUCUCUAUGCCCUCUCAUUUGCAGAGCUCCCUAAGCUUCAUGAAGGAUGACGCAAGAUGUCCUUCGAGGGAGCCAGGCUCAGCAUGAGGAGCCGCAGAAAUGGAACUCUGGGCAGCACCCGGACCCUGUACUCCAGCGUGUCUCGGAGCACAGACGUGUCCUACAGUGAAAGUGAUUUGGUGAAUUUUAUUCAGGCAAAUUUUAAAAAACGAGAAUGCGUCUUCUUUACCAGAGACUCCAAGGCCAUGGAGAGCAUAUGCAAGUGUGGUUAUGCCCAGAGCCAGCAUAUCGAAGGCACCCAGAUCAACCAAAAUGAGAAGUGGAACUACAAAAAACACACCAAGGAGUUUCCAACAGACGCCUUUGGGGACAUUCAGUUUGAGACUCUGGGGAAGAAAGGCAAGUACUUACGCUUAUCCUGUGACACGGACUCUGAAACCCUCUACGAACUGCUGACCCAGCACUGGCACCUCAAAACACCCAACCUGGUCAUCUCAGUGACGGGUGGAGCCAAAAACUUUGCUUUGAAGCCACGCAUGCGCAAAAUCUUCAGUCGGCUGAUCUACAUCGCUCAGUCUAAAGGGGCAUGGAUUCUUACCGGAGGCACUCAUUACGGGCUGAUGAAGUACAUAGGUGAGGUGGUGAGAGAUAACACCAUCAGCAGGAACUCGGAAGAGAACAUCGUGGCCAUCGGCAUAGCGGCCUGGGGCAUGGUCUCCAACAGGGACACCCUCAUCAGGAAUUGUGAUGAUGAGGGACAUUUUUCAGCUCAAUAUAUCAUGGAUGACUUCAUGAGAGAUCCUCUCUACAUCCUGGACAACAAUCAUACCCACCUGCUGCUUGUGGACAACGGUUGUCAUGGACACCCCACGGUGGAAGCCAAACUUCGGAAUCAGCUGGAGAAGUACAUCUCUGAGCGCACCAGUCAAGAUUCCAACUAUGGUGGUAAGAUCCCCAUCGUGUGUUUUGCCCAGGGAGGUGGAAGAGAAACUUUGAAAGCCAUCAACACCUCUGUCAAAAGUAAGAUCCCCUGUGUGGUGGUGGAAGGCUCGGGGCAGAUUGCCGAUGUGAUUGCCAGCCUGGUGGAGGUAGAGGAUGUUUUAACCUCUUCCAUGGUCAAAGAGAAGCUGGUACGGUUUUUACCCCGCACUGUGUCCCGGCUGCCUGAAGAGGAGAUUGAGAGCUGGAUCAAAUGGCUCAAAGAAAUUCUUGAGAGCCCCCACCUCCUCACGGUCAUCAAGAUGGAGGAGGCUGGAGACGAGGUCGUGAGCAGCGCCAUUUCCUACGCGCUGUACAAAGCCUUCAGCACUAAUGAACAAGACAAGGACAACUGGAACGGACAGCUGAAGCUUCUGCUGGAGUGGAACCAACUGGACCUUGCCAGUGAUGAGAUCUUCACCAAUGACCGCCGCUGGGAGUCUGCCGACCUUCAGGAAGUCAUGUUCACGGCCCUCAUAAAGGACAGGCCCAAGUUUGUCCGCCUCUUCCUGGAGAAUGGCCUCAACCUGCAGAAGUUCCUCACCAAUGAAGUCCUCACGGAGCUCUUCUCCACCCACUUCAGCACCCUAGUGUACCGGAACCUGCAGAUCGCCAAGAACUCCUACAACGAUGCACUCCUUACCUUUGUCUGGAAGUUGGUGGCAAACUUCCGUAGAAGCUUCUGGAAAGAGGACAGAAGCAGCAGGGAGGACUUGGAUGUGGAACUCCAUGAUGCAUCUCUCACCACCCGGCACCCCCUGCAGGCUCUUUUCAUCUGGGCCAUUCUUCAGAACAAGAAGGAACUCUCCAAGGUCAUCUGGGAGCAGACCAAAGGCUGUACUCUGGCCGCCUUGGGGGCCAGCAAACUUCUGAAGACCCUGGCCAAAGUUAAGAAUGAUAUCAACGCAGCUGGGGAAUCUGAGGAACUGGCUAAUGAGUAUGAGACCCGAGCAGUGGAGUUGUUCACUGAGUGUUACAGCAGUGAUGAGGACUUGGCAGAACAGCUACUGGUCUACUCUUGUGAAGCCUGGGGUGGGAGCAACUGUCUGGAGCUGGCGGUGGAGGCUACGGACCAGCAUUUCAUUGCUCAGCCUGGGGUCCAGAAUUUCCUUUCUAAGCAAUGGUAUGGAGAGAUUUCCCGAGACACGAAGAACUGGAAGAUUAUCCUGUGUCUGUUCAUCAUCCCCCUGGUGGGCUGUGGCCUCGUAUCGUUUAGGAAGAAGCCCAUUGACAAGCACAAGAAGCUGCUCUGGUACUACGUGGCCUUCUUCACUUCGCCCUUCGUGGUCUUCUCCUGGAACGUGGUCUUCUACAUCGCCUUCCUCCUGCUGUUUGCGUAUGUGCUGCUCAUGGACUUCCACUCGGUGCCACACACCCCCGAGCUGAUCCUCUAUGCCCUGGUCUUCGUCCUCUUCUGUGAUGAAGUGAGGCAGUGGUACAUGAACGGAGUGAAUUAUUUCACCGACCUAUGGAACGUUAUGGACACACUGGGACUUUUCUACUUCAUAGCGGGUAUUGUAUUCCGGCUUCACUCUUCAAAUAAAAGCUCUUUGUACUCCGGGCGAGUCAUUUUCUGUCUGGAUUACAUUAUAUUCACUCUAAGGCUCAUCCACAUUUUCACCGUGAGCAGGAACCUGGGACCCAAGAUUAUAAUGCUGCAGCGGAUGCUCAUCGACGUUUUCUUCUUCUUGUUUCUCUUUGCUGUGUGGAUGGUGGCCUUCGGCGUAGCCAGACAGGGGAUCCUUAGGCAAAAUGAACAGCGCUGGAGGUGGAUCUUCCGCUCUGUCAUCUAUGAGCCCUACCUGGCCAUGUUUGGCCAGGUGCCCAGUGAUGUGGACAGUACCACAUAUGACUUCUCCCACUGCACCUUCUCGGGAAAUGAGUCCAAGCCACUGUGCGUGGAGCUAGAUGAAUACAAUCUGCCCCGCUUCCCUGAGUGGAUCACCAUCCCACUAGUGUGCAUCUACAUGCUCUCCACCAACAUCCUUCUGGUCAAUCUCCUGGUCGCCAUGUUUGGCUACACGGUGGGCAUUGUGCAGGAGAACAACGAUCAGGUCUGGAAGUUCCAGCGGUACUUCCUGGUGCAGGAGUACUGCAACCGCCUCAACAUCCCCUUCCCCUUCGUCGUCUUCGCUUACUUCUACAUGGUGGUCAAGAAGUGUUUCAAAUGCUGCUGUAAAGAGAAGAACACGGAGUCUUCUGCCUGCUGUUUCAGAAAUGAGGACAACGAGACUUUGGCGUGGGAGGGCGUCAUGAAGGAGAAUUACCUUGUCAAGAUCAACACGAAGGCCAACGACAACGCAGAGGAGAUGAGGCAUCGGUUCAGACAACUGGACACAAAGCUUAAUGAUCUCAAAGGUCUUCUGAAAGAGAUUGCUAAUAAAAUCAAAUAAGGCAGGCGACUGCUCAUGGAGAGAAGUCAAAUUGCAAUAAGAUCAAAUCAAACACCUGGAUUUGGAGGCUCGUGGGACUCUGAUAAACAAUACUGCUAUUGACUUCUAAAGGAGACAUUUCCAGGUCCCUGGGCACAAAGUGGAUGAGUCAUAGUCACCCUCAAGGGCAUAGGUCAGGGACCAAAGUGUACAGAGAACUGUGCACAAGAAGAGGAGUGCAAAGGUUCCUCCAUGAAGGUGCCUGUGCUGUCUGCAUCUCGGAGCCUUGAACUGAUGCUGAAGGUUUAAGUGAUGACACACCUUUCCCACCCUCGUCUCAUGCACCUCCCAUGACUGUGACCCUGGCCCUGAUUUUACACCUACACUGCUAUUGUGUUUAUUUCCUACUGUCCCCUUUCUGCAUUGUAUGAUGAAUUCAUCGACAUAGUGUCAGAGUCCUACACCACCCCAAAGAAAAGUCAGGCCGGAUGCUAAAAUACCCUGGGGCAACCUCUCCUUUCUCACAUGUCAAACGUGGGAGGUGUGGGGGGGGCACACGGAGGCAGUGACUUCUUUCUCUGGGGCUCUCCAGGACUCCUGCUGAAGGAACCCUUGAGAGCCGUACCUUGCUCCUUUUGAUUUUGGGAGUGUGCCUCUCCUCCAUUCUCUCAUUAUUUCCCCAUUGAGAAUAGCAAAUGGAUCUCACAGGAGGUUAGAGGAGCACAAAAAUGUAUGGAAACGGCCUCCCACUCACAGCCCUUGCUCACACUUCCGUGUGUUUGCUCAAUCCCAGCCUUUUCUAUGCAUGCUACACUUCACUUUUAAAAAAAAAAUCUUACACGAUGUCAUUGUCUGCACAUACAGUUUUCUAGAGGCCUUUUCAUCAACUAUUUUAUCUGAGAUGUUUUCCUCACAGUCUUUACAAGUAUUACCAGUCAUCUAGCAAUAUUCAGACCUCUAGCCAUCUCCACAAUGUAGGUUAUUGACUCCUCCUGGCUGUCAAAAUGAAUGUCCUUGUGCAUGUCUUCUCUCUGCAUUAAGAACAUCAAGCAAUCGCAUACAUAGGAUAUUAGAGUCUUUGCAAUAUCUGUUGGUUACCAAGCCACUUGCAAGGCUUUUUCCAUCAAUGUAUAUAGCAAAAUAGGAUUUAGUCACUUAUGCGUAAGACAUAAGCUAUAUGGAGUUCUCUCUAGUAAGACAUAUUCCAUUUCAUUCUCACUUUAGGAAGAAGCCAACACUCUCAUCUAGGUGUUUGUGGAGCAUGCAGUGUUGGUGCAGACUUGGAGUGAUUAUCUGCUUGAACACUCCACCCCUAUCCUACUUUGGAGCUGUGGUAUUUGUGCUCAAAAGAGCUCGGCUGAGGGAGCCGAGUAAUUAUGAGUGUUAAAAGUGAAACUUUUUCAACUUUUUCAUAUAUCAUAGACCCAGCAACUGAAGGGGUGACCCUCAGCAGAGAGCUGUUGACUGAAUAUUUAGGUAGAAGAAUAGCAGAAGCAUUAACCCAGAUGUGUUUAUUUUUAUUUGGUCUUGCUAUUCACACCCUGCAAAUGUCAGCAGGGAGGGGCGGAGCAAAGGCUGCCUGCAUUUUAAACCACCCUGGCCUCACAGGUCUCUAACUCACUGGAGUUUCAGAAGCAGUGAGUGGACAGAACAAAUUUACAUAAUGAAAAUGGCCAACGGAUGGAAAGUUGAACAUUGAUCUGUUUUUUUUUUUUUUUUUUUGGUUCUUUUUUUUUCGGAGCUGGGGAUCGAACCCAGGGCCUUGCGCUUCCUAGGCAAGCGCUCUACCACUGAGCUAAAUCCCCAGCCCUGAACAUUGAUCUGUUAGUGAGAGCAUUCCACUUCCAUUUUACCCUGAUGAACAAGGUGCUUGCCGUGUCUGAAACCACCAGGAGAAAGGGUCUGUCCUCUACAUAGGGAUUUGUAAAAAAAAAUAAAUAAAAUGUAGGACAGCCCACAGACUAUUCAGACAGAAAAACAGUCAGAGCCUUACCUUCAACUCAAGUAAGGAACUGGACUUAAAGAAGCAAAUGAGACUUAGCUUAGUCUGUCUGCCAAGCCCAUCUAAUCAGUGUGUUCAUGUGCUCUUCUGUCCACAUUGUGUGUUCACUGGCUUAAUAAACACUCUCUGUACACAGAGUGCUCCUGUUGACCCUGAAGAAGAGUUAGACGAUGCUUAGUGUUUCCUCACAUGGUUACUCUGCAGGAUGUGUGCUCAUGUGACGUCACUAUGUCUAACGUAGCUCCUGAAAACAGCUCAUCUGUCAGAUCAAAGGUGCUACAUCUGUUGUUCUGGUACUAACCAUCCGUAGACUUAUGCACAACACCAGAGACUCCUGCAUCAUGGUUUCAGUGUGUGAGAGCAUUAAACCACGGAGGAAUUGUCAUUCAUAUCUAUGUGUGUCAUUCUAGUGAGAGUAAAAAAAAUAAAAGUCAUUCUUUGCUGA